AUACAAUUCCCACAUGUAAUACCUCAAGACCUUCAAAAUUAUCGUGUAUCUCCCAAUAGGUUCAUUGCAAGAAAACGAAGAAGUCAAUUCCUUUCGUGUUGGAAUAUCACGAAUGCAAUGCACGAGUGAUUUUUGCUGAAAAACUUGACGACUUCGUUUGUGUACAGAGAACCUUCAAAUACCCGAUCAAUUUUGAAGCUCGAGUGGGGUAUUCGGGCGGUUAUUUUUCCAUCUAACUUUCGGCCAAGAGAAUUUCACCUUGAGACAAAAUCCAUCUGUCAAUUUCAAAGAGGGGUUUACUCGACCAGAAAAUCAUUUGUUUUUCUUCUGUAGGCAACAUGGAAAAUUACCAGUGAAAUUAUCAAAAAUUAUCAGUUGAAUUUCGUGUACGCUAUCCAAAAUAAUGACCAAUGCUGCAAUUCUAUUGACUGAAAUUUGGAUUGGAAAAAUAACCUAAAUAAUUCGACGUUCGACGAAAAUAAUCGAUUCGAUAGAAGUCAUUUUUAAAGUAAAGUCUCUUCCAUUAGCUCCCUAAUAAUUAUUACAUCAAAAGGAAAAGCAACAUAUCUGUAUAAAAACAAUUUGUACCAUCUACAAAAUAAAAUUUCUGUUCAUUUCGAUUUUUAAAAAUGUAAUACUACAAUUUAUGAUACUAGGUGAGAUCAAGCGUUGUUGACUUUCUUCGUUUUGAUCUUUCUAGUGUGUUGAGGUUAAAGAACAUGAGAUCAGCACAACAGCCAUCCAUUUCUUUUUUUUUCAAUUUUGUUUGUUUUACUUGUAUUUGAAAGCUAAUAAUUAUGAGUCCACCACCAAAGAAGAAAAAAAACUUAACUGCCAAAAUCUGUGUGCUGGAGGCACCGAUAAAAACUGCAGCGCAGUGCAUGACAGUAUGGAAAAAUCUCAAGACAAAAGUUAAGACAAAGUACCAGAAAUUAUAUAUCGCAGAUCGAUCUACAGGAAAUCCCACCGCUGCUCCUGAGCUUACAGAUCAAGAACACAAAAUUUUGUCUAUAAUUGGUAGCCAGUCAACUGUAGGAGUUACAGGGGUUCCAGCAUCAGGAUUCGGGCCAUCAGGAUCAGAAAACGAUUCAAAUGCCGUAAAUCAGCAGUCAACAGUAGAACCCGGAUCGUCCAAGGCUCCACCAUUAUUAUACGUUCCAAAAA